UAAGAGACAAAGGGUAUUAUCUGGUUAAGAGGUUAGAGGUCCUCAUCAGUAAUGUAGUGAUGAACUCAUCGAUCAUCAUGGAUGAAACUUGAAACUUGAAACCUGGCUGGAGAGAGAGAGAGAGAUUGGAAUCAACCAUGUCCUGGUUCGCAAGGACUAUUGCUAACUCACUCAGACUCGACGAUGAAGACGAACAACAACACCAUAACCCUCCUAAUGCCAAUGAGCCCCAUCCUCCCAACACCAAACCCGAUUCAGAUUCGGCUAUACCCGAUCCGCGCUCACCCUCAUCCCCGUCCCCCGCAUCCACCCCUCGCGGCGUCAAAGAGGACCUCUCCGAGCUCACUAAAUCCAUUUCCCGCCAGUUAUGGGGUGUCGCCUCCUUCCUCGCUCCCCCUCCCGCCGACCACGCUCUCGCCGCCCAUCCCGCAGGCAACCUCGAUUCGGAUGCACCGCCGAGAGAGCAAGAAGAAGAAGAAGAAGAAGAAGACCUCAUUGCUGGAAUCCGAAGCGAUUUUGCGGAGAUCAGCGGGAGGUUCAGGAGUGGGAUCUCCAAGCUUUCCGAGAACAAGGCGGUGUCGGAGUUGACGAAGAUGGCGUCGAAUUUCCUUCAGAUUCGACCCGAAGAAGAUGAUUACGAUCUCGAAGGUGUGGUUGGAAUAACCGAGGACGUUGUGCUCUUUGCCAGAGACGUUGCGAUGCAUCCCGAGACUUGGUUGGAUUUCCCUCUACCUCAUGCUGCCGAUUCCGAUGAUUUUGAUUUGUCUGAUGUGCAACAAGAACACGCUCUAGCUGUUGAAAGUCUAGCUCCAAGCUUAGCUGCUCUUAGAAUGGAACUUUGUCCGGCAUAUAUGAGCGAUGCUUGCUUUUGGAUGAUUUAUUUUGUACUCUUGCACCCUAGACUCAACAAAAGUGAUGCCGAUCUUCUAUCAACCCCACGAAUAGUGGAAGCUAGAGCAAUGUUAGCCCAUACAUUGGAGAAAAGAAGCACAGAAAAUGAAGAACGUGAUUUAUCUGGGAAAGGUGAUUUUCCUACAAAAGAGGGAGACCAAGAUCUCCUUGUGCCAACGAGUGUCCCACUAGAAUCAGUUCCUCUUCAAGUUAAAGCUGCUGUGGUUGAAGCAGCCCCAUCUGUGGAUAUGUCUGAUUUUGAGAUGGAGAAACAUCCUGUAACUCAGACUACUGAUGUGUCUAUGAUUAAAGAAGCACCCGUAAAUCUGACUGCAGAACAAUCAUCAUCUAUUUCAGCAAAUAGAUUUUUGGAUGAAGCAUAUGAUGAGGAUGAUGCUGAUGACUGGUUGAAAGAGGAUAGUUCUGAAAUGGUUGGUGGAAGUGGAACUUCUGGGCCUGCUGGUAAUGAAGAGGACGUGUCAUUCAGUGAUCUUGAGGAGGAGGAUGUUGCUUCAAGUUAUAAAAAAACUGGAUCAGGGUCUGACUCUUCAACAAAAGACUCUCGAGAUUGGGUGCAGUUAAGCAGACAAGCUGGUUCUGAGCAUUCAAGUGCUCGAAAUUCCGAAACCAAGGAUUCUAGUGAUUGGCUGAAUGUUGAUGACAUUGACGUAAUAUGACAAUGCCUCAGAAACUGGCCUAGAUGUAAGUGUUUUUACUAUAUUCCCCUUUUAUUGUGUGAAUAUGUGCAUAGUGUCUGUACUUUAUGAUUAAACACUGGAAACCAUAUAUGUGUACAUAAAGCCUGUAUCCACCAGGCAUUAUGUUAUGUGUGGUUAUAACUGCACCACACAUGAACAAAAUCUGAUUUCAUAUUGGAAUUCCUGUUUCAAA